GAACUUACUUCAGUGCGGGUCUCGAGGGUGUUGAGGAGAUUGUGAAAUCCCUAUGUCUCACGCAAAAGAAGGGCUACAAGGGCAUGGGUGCGCAUGUUCUGCCUCGAACCUUGUCCAACAUGCCCGUAGGUCACCUAAGUCGGGCCUGGGGCCUUCGAGGACCCACUAUGUCCGUCAAUACUGCCUGCGCCUCGGGCCUGCACUCGGUUGGAGAGGCCUACAGAAUGAGUAG